AUGCCUGCUGCCUCGCCGAAUAAUUCUCUUCUCUCUCCUAUUCCCAGUACACCCAUGAGAGUUUCCCGCCAACAAUGGCGUCCUUUCCACCGAGCAAUCGUCAGCAUUGGUAGUCACCAGUAUGUGAAAGCAAUGCUGGCUACAGCCCCUACUGGAAUCAUCACUGCGAUCCUAGGCGGACCACCUCAAGCGGUGCUUUUCCUGAAUCUUACGGCAUUGAUACCACUUAUCACUCUGCUCACGAUCUCCAUUGCCGAUUUAUCUAUAGCGACUGGGCGCGUAGUCGAUGAAUUGCUCAAAGCGACCGUUGGUAAUGCAAUUGAACUGAUCCUUGGAAUUGUGGCCAUUAGCAGGGGCCACAUGCACAUGAUUCACUCAACCCUGAUAGGAAGCAUGCUCUGUUACAUGCUUUUGGUUCCGGGGAGCUGCUUCUGUCUCACUGGUUACGAUAAAGAGCAUCUCUACUUUGAUCGCACCCUAAUAAGCAUUAUGUCUUCCCUCAUGGUAGUGGUAUGCAUGUCUCUUUUGAUUCCAACGAUUAUGGUUACGUUUCCCUCCUUGGAUACCACUUCUCCCCAAGCUUCGGUGACUCGACUGGAAAUUGUCUUUGUUUCACGUGGGGCAGCCAUUGUGCUUCUCAUUUUGCUUGGGGUGUUCCUUCUCUUCCAACUGAAGAGUCAUGCGUCAAUCUUUCAUCUUGCCGAAGCGUCCAGUGAGGGCUCUCCAGACAGUCACAGUCCGAACGAUCGUGGCGUCGCACUGGACCGUCCAGCGAGAAUUUUCGCACCACGAAGCGCUAUGAUCGCUCUUGCGGUUGGAAUAUCCUGCUUGACCAUGUGCAUUAUAUGCAUCGUUGAGAGCUCCGAUAGAGUUGCACAAGAGCUUGGCCUUAGCGCGGCAUUUCCCACCCUUGUACUGGUUCCGCUUAUUGGAAACUCCACCAGAUAUGUUUCAAUAGUCAUGGUCUCAUGCCAGGGGCAUGUGGAAUCUGCAGUGCGGGCCAUCAUCAACAGCAUACUGCGUAUUGCUCUUCUUGUUACUCCCGUUCUGAUUAUCUUGGGGUGGGUAUUAAACCUACCCAUGACACUGCAGAUGGAUACGUUUGAGGCAACCAUGUUGUUCUUGGCUACAAUGGUGUUGAUUCAUGUGAUACAGGAUGGGAGGAGCAAUUACUUCGAAGGACUAAUGCUUGUCGGAACGUAUAUCAUAUCUGUUGCUGCUUUCUAUAUGCGGCCUGGAAUAACCGACACCACGAAGCCCAUGCCUUAG